UAUUUGUUUUGUUGUAUGGUUGUAUGUACUUAUUUUAAUUACAAAUACAAUAAAUAAAUUCCUUUAUUAGUUAUGGAAGUUAAAAGUGAAAUUAAGAAAGAGUUUACUGAAUAUGACCAAACAUCAGAAGGUCAUCUAGGUACAUCAGUAGAUCUCCGAAACUUAAAAAAUGAACCAAAGGAAGAUUACCCAGCUCUGGAAGUUAAAGUUAAAAAGGAAGAGUUUGGAGGAUACGACCAAAAAGGUCUAGAGAAUCUAUCCAGGUCAAUAAUAGAUCUUCAAGACCUGAAGGAUGAACCAGAACCAGAGGAAAAUCAACCAGGUUGUUCAGGCAAUAAUACCAGAAUAAAAAUGAUGAAAACACCUGAACAUUCAUCUCAUGAAGAAGAAUAUUUGGGUAGAUACAUUGAAGAAAGAACAUUAAGUAAAAAUAUUAAAGAUCAAACUGGAAAUGGACCAUACACAUGUGCAAUUUGUUUAACACCAUUUACUGCAGCAUGUACCCUGAAAUCACAUAUGAUGACUCACACUGGAGAAAGGCCUUAUAAGUGUGAUACUUGUUUGAAACAAUUUACUGCACCAAGCGCUCUGAAAUCACAUAUGGUGACUCACACUGGAGAAAAGCCUUACAAGUGCGAGAUUUGUCUUAAGCAGUUUACUCACGCCAGUAGUUUGAAAUCACAUAUGAUGACUCACACUGGAGAAAAGCCUUAUAAAUGUGAUACUUGUUUGAAACAGUUUACUGCACAAAGUGCUCUGAAAUCACAUAUGAUGACUCACACUGGAGAAAAGCCUUAUAAGUGCAAAAUUUGUUUUAAGCAGUUUACUCAGGCUGGUCAUUUGAAAUCACACAUGAUGACUCACACUGGAGAGAAGUCUUACAAAUGUGAAAUUUGUUUUAAGCAGUUUGCUCAAGCCGAUCAUUUGAAAUCACAUAUGAUGACUCACACUGGAGAAAAGCCUUACAAGUGCGAGAUUUGUCUUAAGCAGUUUACUCACGCCAGUAGUUUGAAAUCACAUAUGAUGACUCACACUGGAGAAAAGCCUUAUAAGUGUGAUACUUGUUUGAAACAGUUUACUGCACAAAGUGCUCUGAAAUCACAUAUGGUGACUCACACUGGAGAAAAGCCUUAUAAGUGCAAAAUUUGUUUUAAGCAGUUUACUCAGGCUGGUCAUUUGAAAUCACACAUGAUGACUCACACUGGAGAGAAGUCUUACAAAUGUGAAAUUUGUUUUAGGCAGUUUGCUCGAGCCGAUCAUUUGAAAUCACAUAUGAUGACUCACACUGGAGAAAAGCCUUACAAGUGCGAGAUUUGUCUUAAGCAGUUUACUCACGCCACUAGUUUGAAAUCACAUAUGAUGACUCACACUGGAGAAAAGCCUUAUAAGUGUGAUACUUGUUUGAAACAGUUUACUGCACAAAGUGCUCUGAAAUCACAUAUGGUGAUUCACACUGGAGGAGAGCCUUACAAGUGUAAAAUUUGUUUUAAGCAGUUCACUCAAGUCGCUCCUUUGAAAUCACACAGGAUGACCCAUACUGGAGAAAAGGCCUAUAAGUGUGACAUUUGUCUCAAACAGUUUACUCAAACCGGUAAUUUGAAAUUACAUAUGAUGACUCACACUGGAGAAAAGCCUUAUAAGUGUGAUAUUUGUUUGAAACACUUUACUCAGGCAAGUAAUUUGAAAACACAUUUGAGAACACACACUGGAGAAAAGGCCUAUAAGUGUGACAUUUGUCUCAAACAGUUUAGUCAAACCGGUCAUUUGAAAUCACACAUGAUGACUCACACUGGAGAAAAGCCUUUCAAGUGUAAAAUUUGUUUUAAGCAAUUCACUCAAGUCGGUUCUUUGAAAUCACACAUGAUGACCCACACUGGAGAAAAGGCAUAUAAGUGUGACAUUUGUCUCAAACAGUUUACUCAAACCGGUCAUUGGAAAUCACAUAUGAUGACUCACACUCGAGAAAAGCCUUACAAGUGCGAGAUUUGUUUUAAGCAGUUUACUCAUGCCCAAAGUUUGAAAUCACACAUUAUGAAUCACAUUGGAUAAAAGCCUUACAAGUGUAAAAUUUGUUUUAAGCAGUUUACCCAAGUCGGUCCUUUGAAAUCACACAUGAUGACCCACACUGGAGAAAAGGCCUAUAAGUGUGACAUUUGUCUCAAACAGUUUACUCAAACCGGUCAUUUGAAAUCACACAUGAUGACUCAUACUGGAGAAAAGCCUUACAAGUGUCAUAUUUGUUUGAAACAGGUUACUCAUGCCACUAGUUUGAAAUCACACAUGAUGACUCACUUUGGAGAAAACCUCACAGAUGUGAAAUUAGUGUAAUACAGUUUAUUGAUGCAAGGAAUUUGAAAUCCAAUAUGAGAUAUCACACUGAAGAGCUUUACAUGUGAUAUUUCUUUUAAUCAAUUUACGCAGGUAAUGCAUUUGAAAAGACACAGGAUAUCAGCUUUUUAUAAGUAUUGUUUCGAAGUUAUUUCCUUGCGGCAUCUUAAGAGGGUAGGCGCAAAAUUUCGGGUUAAUGCUUUUUAAAUACAUUCAGUUUUUUCGAAUCCUGAAAAAACUAAUAAAUAUUUUUGAAAAAUUUAAUGUAGAAUGAAAGAUUACAUUAUUGCCGACGGCCGAAAGUCACUUACGACAGAAACGCAUUAGAGAGUCGCAGAAGUGACUCGAGUCAUCGCGGACUACUCUAGCUCAGAUUCUUUACGUUGUUUUUAAUCUUCAUGAACGCAUUUGGAAGUCGCGGAAAUACAAGGAAAAGUUAUUUACCAGCAAUUUUAUUGCUGAAAUCGAAUCUUAUGAUUGUAUAUAUUAAUAAUAUAUGUAUGCAAAGUCCGCAGAUAGUGUGCUACUUUUUUAUAAACAAAAUGGCGCCCAAAAAUCGAGUUUUUCUCAAUUUUUGCUCUAUAACUCCAAAGAUUUUAACUUUACACCAAUAACGCCCAAAUAAAAAUUCACCGUAAUUAAAUUCUGCAUAGAGACGUGUUUUUCCCGAUUUACUUCGACGAAAAUUUUCCCCGGAAAAUGCGGGUUUUUCCAACAUCUUUAAAUUUCAACUAAAAUUUUAGAUAAGUAAUUGUUUAUCAAUAAUUAAAUAACUUGGUAAUAUAAAAGCUAAUUAAGGGUUGUCACUCCCGAAGGUACUUUUUAAAAAGGCCCUUUUAAAAGUUACAACGAACAAACUAACAGCACUUUAUUUAAUAUAAAUUAUAACUAUAUUGAAAAUGAAUUUUACAAGUAUUUAUACAUAAUUAAUUGAUGAGGUAUAUAUUGUGGAAAUGUUGAAACUGCUGAUCGGCUGGACUAUUGGACUGCAAUACCGCUGACAUCCGGGGUUAUCGUACUGUAAUUUCUCCAUCCCCUGGGGAAGUUUUGUGAGGGAUGAACAAAACUGAAUGCACAGCAUCUGGGAUUUCUGGCCUCUGGUCGGUAGGGUCUUCUAUUGUGGUUGGAUGCUGGUCCUCUUUUUCUCUUUUCCAUUUCCUUAACUUCAGGUAUCCAAAAGUUAGGAUAAUUGUAACCAGGAUAUAUAUGGGUGGUGUCCACAAAUGGCUUUGGUCCGUAUUUGUAGGAAGGAUGGACUGGAAUCUUUCUUCUUCUUGUGUUAACUUAUGAAGUUCGUCUAAGGGGAUUCUGUCUAAUUUUAAGGGUUUGACUAUUGGAUGCCCUUCUGGAAGAGUAGUUAUCUUGAUUUUUGGUAAUGUUAGUGGUUCCUCUUUGACUGUUGUUUUGGAGUUGAGGUAUACUUCAUUAUUGGUCCUUACUUCGCAUCCUGGAGGUAGUUCUAUCAGAUAAGUUCCUUCGAGUACUUCUAUUUCGGUUGUGCCGCAAUGGGUGGAUACCUUGGUAGCUUUUGGGAAAACAGCGACGUAGUGUGCAUCUGAUAUCUUCUGUAUGAUCGUUCUGGUCACAGUAACGGGAACACUUUGGCAUUGGGCGGCAUCAUUGACUAACUGAAGGAUUUGGAUGAUGCAGUCAUCAGUCUGUUUACUUUCUUGUGGGAAUUUCUCUUGACAGAUGAAUAUUUUGGAUUCGCUUCGUUUACAUGGUAGAUCCAUAUAUAGGAAAGUGUCUGAGUUAUAUGCUAGGUAUGGACCAGGAGGAAUGAUUAUUGUACGAUUGGUAGUUGGGAGUGAGUACAAAUGGAAAUAGGUAAACGACCUGGAAUGAAGAAUAGGAAAAUGUAAAAUGAAAACAAGGGUGUGGUUCGUGAAGUAGCCAUCAAUCUCUACAAUGUCAUAAUAUUUGGAUAGGUCUUCCUCUUGAAUAUAGGGAAUCUGUGAUGCAGGAUGAUGUUCAAGCAUUUUCUGUACUGUCCAUUCUAUUUCUUCUGGUUUGAUGAGACCAUUAUGUAAAGUUUUGAUCCUUGCGAACGUCACUGCUGUUUGUAGAUCGUCAAGUAUCUGUAUAAUUGUUUGCAAGUUCAGGUUUAUCUGAUCUAAGAUGUUUCGGACUUGCAUAUAAUGACUAAAAUUGAAAACAAAUUGGUUCAAUUCUGGUUUUAUUUUGUUGGUCUCUUCGGCUAUAAUUUCUUGGUUGUGAGUUAAUAGUGAAAUAGUAUUGUUGUAAUUAGUCAUUAUUCUCUUGUUUAGGCUCAGUUGGCUGUUGAUAUUUGUAAUGAUGUUCUGUUGGCUAUUUUCGAGUGAUUUAAUGGCAGCAUUGUAUCUCUCGGCAUCGUCUUGAUCUAAGUUACCAGAGAUAGAUUUUAUUAUGCUUCCUAAUCCAUUUAUAAGUCCUCUUCUGCUUCUUGAUGCUGGAUAUAUUGUCUGGAGUUUAUCUCUUGCAGUUUGGAGUAGGUACUGUAUUGCUUUAUCAAAAUUUUGUAGGCUGUCAAAAUAUGGUUGACUAAGUCCAUCUUCUAUUGCUCUGCUGAUUGUAAUGUAUUGAGAUUCUAUGGAGCUGAUUUCUUCUGCGAUGGGUUCUAGAUGAAAAUAGUGGAUGAAAUCGUGAGUGCUGGUUUGAAUUCUGGCUUCUCCAAUUUUAACGGGGAGGAUCCCUGGAUUGUCCUUCAGGUUUUGGAUUUGAACUUGUUGGGCUGCUACUAAGGUACAUCUGUAAAGUAUUUUUACCAUUAGUCUUUGGCUGAUGUUUGAUAUUCUUUUUGUGUAUUGUUGUAUCUUGGGUGUCAACAGUAACUGUAUUGUUAUUUUUCACAAUUCUGGAAGAAAAUCUUGGAAGUAGUUUGUUUCUCUUUAGUGUUUUUCUGGUGUAUACUUUGGUGCUCGGCUUGUAGGUUAUCGGUGCUUCUCUUUUUUCAUUUAAUUUAUCAAUAUUUUUCUGCUUUGCUUCUUGUAAUUUUUUGUUUAUUUCUUUGUAGAUUUCUUUUGUUUUUAAUCUGUGAUUCUGUGUAUAGUUAUUUAUUAAGGUUCUGCUAAUAUCAAUAUCAAAUGGAUCUUGAGGAUCUAUAUGACCGUUGAGAAUUUCUAUUGGUUUUUGUUUGGUUGAUGAAUGGAUAGAGUUGUUGUAUCCCAGAAUAGCAUAUAACAUCUGUUCUUUUAUAUUGAGAUUUUUUCUUUUUUCUCUAAGUAUUCGUAGAUGUUCUAAUAUAGUGGAGUGGAAGCGUUCUAUCAUUCCAUUUGACUGUGGGUUAUCUGGCGUUGUGUAGUGGAUGGCAAUUUUGUGUGUAUCAACAAAUUCCUGGAUAAGGCCGUUCUUGAAUUCUGUUCCACUAUCUGCGAUUAUCAUAUGUGGAAGUCCAUGAUGGGUGACAAAAAGCAUGAAGGCGUUGAGCACAUUGAUUGCGUUUGAUCCUUCUAUUGGGUAUGCUUGUCCAUAUUUCGAAAAUGCAUCAAUUAUUGUCAGAAACUUCUGUCCGGCAGCUUGAAAUGUGUCUAUGUGGAUGAUUUCGAGUGGUUUCGUUGGAGUUGGAGUUACCAUAAAUUUCGGCUUAACUGGAUUUCUGUCGUAUUUAUUGGUUUGGCAGGUAUCACAAAUAUUGAUGACUUCUUCUAUGCCUUUCUUCAGUGUUGGCCAGUAGUAGCGUUUUCUUAUUUGAGCUUCGGUUUCGUUGAUUCCUCUGUGGUUGGUCUUUCCUUGGUGGUAGUUUUCUAUAAUUUCCUUUUGCCUCUCUUCGCUGUUUACGUCUUCUAAGAAUAUGUUGCAUUUGACAAGAUCGAAUGCGGAGUUUUUGAAAGUUUCACGUAGAAUAUUGCACAUGGAUUCAUAAAGUUUAUCGUCUUCGAACAAAAUAGCGUAUUUCUUCUUUGGGUCUACGUAGUUCUUGAAAAAUUGAAAAAUGUCGUUAUGAAGAUCGUUUCUUCCAAGUUGAACGUGCAUUCUCUUCUUUGUUAUAAAACAUUGCUCUGUAAUUGGUUUGGCUGGAUUGUAGUUCACUAACUUCAAAAUUAUCUGGUUGUUGUAGCAGUUAAGUGGUUUCUCGCUGAUUGGAAUUCCCAUUAUCGGAUUCUCUGCUGUAGAGUGUUUGCUGACAUCUGAAUCGUUGUCUUCUUGUUGAUAAAGGGAGCUUGAUGGCUGAUCUUUUGAAUUUUUCUCGUCCUGUGUGCUGUCUUCUUGUAGGAGUUCGUCUAUUAUUUUCAUUUCUUCGGGAGUUAACGAUGUUGUUUGAUGUUUUUCUAUUACUUUGUCCAAGUCUCCUAUAGGGGUUGCUGGAUUAUGAUUUUGUUGAAAGUCUUGAGGUCGGUCGGCUAGAAAUUCUUCUAAGUCGGAUAAAGAGCUGGGAUGGUUGAUCAUGGAUAUAUCGUCAUCGUCUUUCUUCGACAGAAGUUCCAUUAUUUCUUCCAUGUUUUUGUCAAGGCUGUUUACUUCUUUUGUAUGGAUUUCGACGCGGGAUAAGGCAUCUGCAUUCGUAUUUGAUUUGCCUUUCUUAUAUAUGACUUCGUAGUCGAAUUCUUCUAACUUCAGUCUCCAUCUGACAAGUUUUGAGUUUGGAUCCUUAAGGGAGAAUAGCCAUUGUAGUGGUCGAUGGUCGGAUAAAAUUUUGAAUUUUCGUCCAAAAAGAUAGGGGCGGAAGUAUUUAGUGGCCCAGACGAUUGCUAGCAUUUCUUUUUCAAUAGUUGAAUAUUUCAGUUCUGUUUCGUUUAAGGUUCUGGAUGCAUAGGCGAUGGGUUUGUCCUUUCCUAUUGGACCUUGGGACAGGAUGGCUCCUAUGGCGAAGUUACUAGCAUCUGUGGUCAGGUUGAAUGGCUUGGUGAAAUCGGGAUAUUGUAGAAGUGGUUCGUUAACCAAUAAUCCUUUGCAUGUUUUGAUACAAUUCAGGAACUCUUCUGUGUGUUCAAUUUUUGCAUCCUUUUUGAGACAUGUUGUAAGUGGUUUCGUAAUUUUUGCAAAAUCCUUGAUAAAUUUUCUGUAGUAACCAAGUAGUCCUAAAAAUCCUCGGAUUUGCUUAGCUGUUUUUGGUAUCGGAUAAUCUAUGAUUGCUUUGAUCUUAUUCGGAUUUGGUUUUAUUCCUUCGCAGGUUACGACAUGGCCUAGAAAAUCGACUUCCUUUUUGAGGAACUCGCAUUUGUCUACUUGUAUUUUGAAUUUUGUUUCUCGUAGUCUUUCGAAAAUCUUCUUCAGGUUUACCAUAUGUUCCUGGAGGGAGGUAGAAAAAACAAUAAUGUCAUCCAUGUAAACCAGACAUAUUUCUCCUGUGAGUCCUUUUAAUACGUUGUCCAUCACUCUUUGAAAUGUUGAGGGUGCGUUUUUGAGUCCGAAUGGCAUUCUUAGGUAUUCGUAAUGGCCAUUUUCUACAUUGAACGCCGUUUUCUGAACAUCUUGUUCGGCCAUUUCAAUUUGGUGGAAUCCGCUGGCAAGAUCUAGGGUGGAAAAGUAUUGGCAGCGUCCAAGUUUGUCCAAAAUAUCUGUUAUGUUCGGGAUCGGAUAUCUGUCAUCGAUGGUCUUCUCAUUUACUUUUCUGUAGUCAACAACUAUUCGCCAUUUGAUCCUUCCUGAAGCAUCUGGCUUUUUGGCCACGACCCAGAUAGGACUGGACCAGGGUGAUUGACUCGGUCUGAUGAUUUUCUGAUCUAGCAUUGAAGUGAUUUGCUUACGUACUUCUUCCUUGUGGAUGUGAGGAUACCGAUAUGACUUGGUAUAGACUGGAACUUCGUCUGUAGUUCUUAUGCGGUGCUUUAUCUGGUUAGUGAAUGUUAAUGGAUCGUCGGGAUUGUGAAAUAUAUCGGCAAAUUUCCUGCAUAGUCGUCUUAUGUGUAGUUCUUCCUCGGGAUUCAUAUGAUCAGUUCUCAGGAGAGGAUCAACAUCUAUAGAACUGUUAUUUUCCAUGGGCAGAAUAUCUGUUGUGUAUAUAUGGUGUUCUUGAAGAUCUAUUGGCUGGCUUUUGAUUGGCUCGGUUAGUGCUACUUGGAUGUAUUCAUCAGUAUUAUUGAUUAAUUCGGUCCAGGCAAGUUGAUUGCAUGCGACGCUUAGAGUUUCUCGUAGGAUAGCACCUUCGACUUCUUGUCUUGGUAUGAUGAUUGUACCUGAAGUUUCUUUCACCGGCAAUCUGACUUGGGUAAUUGUUUGGGGCUCUAACUGGACGGAGUAGAAUUGUGAUUUAUUCGUCACAUAGUAAUUUAUAGGGAGGAUGGAAUGCUCUGUAGUGAGUGUGGCUUCGGGAAAAUUAAGAUUUGCUUUUAGAAGUUUAAGAUUAUCAAGGCCAAUGAGGCCAUCAAAGGUUUUAUGGAAUUUAAAAAGAUAAAAUUUUAGGCUUUUAUUAGAGUUAAAUUCGGGAAAAAUUGGAAUUUCUACGCAAUAAUCUUGCGAAUGAUUCUGAAAAAUGGAAGUUACUACAAAUGGUUCAUAUUUAAUAUCAUUUUUGUAAAAUUUAUGGGCUAUGUCGGGAUUAAGAAAAGAUUUAGUGGCUCCUGUGUCAAUUAGAAGUUUUAGGGGAGGAUUUUGAAUUUUGAUAUAUGGGAGCUCUCUUUUCUCGGCAUAGGAAUGUAAUUCUAUUACGUUUCUUGAUUUUCCUCUAGAAGUUGAGGAAAAUUUUGACUAUCGUCUGUAAAUUCUUCAUAAUCGUACCCUUCUUGUUCACAAUAAGGGUAGUCUUGGUAAUUAUCGCCGUAAGCGGCUUCAUCAUAAUUGUUUUCUUCCUGUUCUACAUUAUACAGCUCCUCUACUGUAAAUCUUGGGCUAGCUGUUUGUUGAAAACGGAAAUUCCUUUGGGUAGGGGGUCGAGUAAUAGAUCGAUCGACACUCAUUGGUGUUGGUCUAUAUGACUGAGAUGGGGCUGGUUUAUGAGAAUUAGGUAAAUUUGGUCUAGAAUGUUGUUGAAAUGGAGUGAUCUGUUGAUUUUGUGGAAAUCUGUGAGUUUGUGUUGGCCAUCUUGGAGUAUUAUUUAUAAAUGGUUGUUGUUGAAAAGGCCCUUGAUUUUGCCUAGGGAAUGGCUGUUGCUGUUGCCAUUGGGGCUUUGGCAACUGAGGUUGCCAGCGUGGAGGUUGAGUAGAAUUUUGUCUCUGCGUAUGUGGAGUGGCAGAAAAUUUACUGGAGUUUGGUAAAGAAUAGUUUUGCGACUUUUGCAAAUAUCGGAUAUUGUUUUCUUCUUGGAUGUAUUGAAUAGCUAAAGCGAGGUUUGUUGGUCUCAUGGAUCGAAUUGUCGAUCCUAAAGGCUCUCUUAGUCCGGCUAAGAAUGUAGUUAACGCUUGUUGCUGGAAAAAUUCCUUUUUACUUUUCUUUACUUCUUCAUUGUCAUUAUGAAGUUCAAUAUGAUUAGAAAUGGUAUUUAGAAGAGACAUAACUUUUUCAUGAAAUUGAUGAGGGUUCUCAUUUGGUCCCUGACGAAGAUUAACUAGAUCUCUAGUUAAAGAAUUUUCAUUUCGCUGGUCUGCGAAAUUUUGAAUAAGGGCUGUUCGUAUUGACGGCCAGUCUUUACAGCCGUAAACGGAAAUAAUUUCUCUGGCUCUUCCUUUAAUUUUAUUCAUGAUUCCUCUAGAGAGCAUAAUAUUUUGGAAAUUUUCUGGGUUAGCAUGGUCCCAAAAAUGGGCUAAGAGCAUUGUAAUGACAUCGAUAAAAUUAUGGAGUUCGUUCGGAUUGCCAUCGUAUUCUGGUACGAUGGAAAGGUCUUUAUUGACAUCAAAAGUGGGGGCCAUAAUGGAAUUAGUAGUUUCAGAUGCUGGAGUUAUAAUUAUGGAAGGUAUUUCAAAAGAAUUGGUGGGUAUUUUAUUAUCAGCUAAUGGAGAACUAGAUUCUGUGUUUAAUUCAAAAAUUGUUGAAAGAGAAUCACUUAUUCUAAGAGAUGAUACUUGUGAAAUUAUAUUAGAAUUAGAAAUAAGGUGAAAUUUGCUUACAGGUAUAAGAUGAUGCUUCGGUGCAUUCCUUCUCGGUACACUUUUCUUUUCUUCUUUUAGCUUCUUUUCAGCUUUCUUCAUAAAUGUUGAACUCCUGGAUGGAACUGCCUUAGUUCUUCCUGGAAUCUGGUUCGGUAGCGGGUAAACGUUUGAGAACGACGAGGAUCUUCCUGGAGACUCUCCCACUAUCGUACUGCCUGCGCCAAUUAAGGGUUGUCACUCCCGAAGGUACUUUUUAAAAAGGCCCUUUUAAAAGUUACAACGAACAAACUAACAGCACUUUAUUUAAUAUAAAUUAUAACUAUAUUGAAAAUGAAUUUUACAAGUAUUUAUACAUAAUUAAUUGAUGAGGUAUAUAUUGUGGAAAUGUUGAAACUGCUGAUCGGCUGGACUAUUGGACUGCAAUACCGCUGACAUCCGGGGUUAUCGUACUGUAAUUAGCUCUUUUCGUAUAGAUAAUAAUUCCAGAAGCCGAUGAAAAUAUUUAAUGAACAGUUUAGCAACAAUUUAAUUACUAAUUAAAAAUUUACGGUCGCCAUAAUAACCACAAUAAUUAUGAUACAUAAGAAUAACUAUGAUUUUUGUAUAAAAAGAUACUCUAUCUAUCUAACGUACUUUAUAGAAUUGAAAUUGGACUAUCUAAGCGGCCUCAGGAAUAUUUUAAAAUUAUAAACAAUUUCUUGACUUAUAAAAUAUAAACAAUUAGAAUAUCUCGGGAAAUAUUCAAUUAAAUUAAAACAUGAAAACGGUACUGAAAAAAAGCGGCAGGCCGCUUCUUUUAAAAGAAAAAACGUUUAAUUGUGAUGAGUGGUUCCUGAGAUACAACCGGUCAAAUAGGUCUGGAUCCCGCGUAUGAAAAAGAAAGUUGAUUAAUAGCAAGCUGAAAAUUUGUUAAUAGCUUAAAGGUAUCUAGUCGGAUAAACUUUGAUAUAUGGGAACACUGGAACUCUCAUGCAAAAAUCAGACUGCAACUUAUCGCCUGUCAUAAUUCCUGUCGUUUGACAUAUUCUACAUGUUCCACUCAUUAAAACGCGCAUUUGGUGAUAAAUAGCAGUCUGAUUUUUGCAUGAGAGUUUAAUCUCUGUUCGGAGAGUUUAAGUCUGUUCUGUCGGACAAAAUGUGCCGAUUUCGUGGUCUGACCGUUCCAAAUUUUUAACCUGUUUCACAAUUAAAUCUGCCCCUGUUCCAGUGUUCCCAUAUAUCAAUGUUUAUCCGACUAGACACCCUUAAGCUAUUAACAAAUUUUUAGCUUGCUAUUAAUCAACUUGUGUUUCAGACGCGACGAGGACUUGAUUCAAUUUUUAAUGAGAAUCUCAAGUCUUCCACUGUCUUGUACGCGACGAGCCGCGUUCGCGACCCUCUAAUGCGUUUCUGUCUUUAGAAUAAACAAAAAGUUUCUUUUGAAUAAGAUAUUUGAAAUUAAAAAUCAUACUCAAUUUUCUGUUCUUUUUCACCCCUGUAAUUUAUUUAAAUAAACAUAGAAGGUUUCAGGGACUUCCGGCAAUCGGUAAUAAUGUAGUCUUUCGUUGUCUUUAAAUUUUUCGAAAAUAUAAAAUAUACUUAUUAGUUUUCUCAGAAUUCGAAAAAAAUUAUUGCACUUAAAAAGCGUUGGCCCGAAAAAUUUUGCGCCCACUCUCUUAAUGCAAUUUACUAUGUUGUUUCGAAUAAGCAACAAUUUUACGUUAAAAUAACUUUAUUUGACUUUUCGAUUACCACUUCGGAAAUCGUUCUCAAAAUACAAAACAUUAAUAAAUUAAA